GAUACAUGGAGAACUCUAAGAUGCUGCCGCCAUCCAAGAGGUUCAAGAUGGAGAACAGCGUCCCCGUGCAUCACAAUGGCCUCGAGACGCCAAAAACAGGUGGGACCGUGGUGACCUCUGUGACCCCUCUGAAGUCCUGCUCGGUCUCUGUCGCUCCUCUCGUGAUUCCAGAGGGAACCAGACUGUUGACAGUCUCUGCUGACUCCUCCAGCUCCUCACAGGCCCCGCCCCCUGACACCCCUAUGGAAGUGACCCCAGGUGAGGACCAUGACGUCCACCAGGAACAGGCGUCAAGCUCUACAGACAUCGGACCCCGGGUGACGGAGCUGGAGAAAGCUCUGGGUUCAGGUCCCAGUGACCCCACGAACACAAAGUCAUCUGAGCCCGCCCCUACAGCCGGAUCUGUCAUCAAGCCUGAAUCCAGCCUGAUCCAGACUCUAAGCCCCUCCCACCCUGAGUUGGGCCCCUCGGAGGCCAAAGAGGUGCAGGAGGGCGAGGAGAUCUACAUCCAGACGGAGGGGCUGACGGUGCAGCUGGCAGAACCGGGCUCAGACGGGAUUGUGAUCGUUAACGGGCCAGAUGGAACCACCAUGCACAUUCAGACCCCGGAGGGCGUGCCGCUGGAGGCGGUCCAGGCCCUGCUGGGCAUUGAGGCGUCCGACGGAGCCAAAGCCCCCCAGUAAACACCUGGACCAGAACCAGCACCUGGUCUGUACCACGCUGACUUUUAAGGUGGAGUGAGGCAGUGCUGCAGACAGACGUACCUGACACCAUCCUGCACCUUCGGCGCCCCCCUCAGGUUUCUGCUGGACUUUACAGCUGUAGUAAACACUGCCGCCUGCAGGGGGCGCCUGCUCUGACUCCGCCCUGCUGAGGACAACAGGACGAACAACUCCGUUAACCUGACCCCAGACCGUACCUGGAAACUUAGGUCCGGUCAUUUCUGGUUCAGACUGAAGCUCCUGUUGAUGAUGUUCGCCAUGACUUCAGAAACCAGAGGGAUGGCGUCAUGGCGACAGGUGGUUUCACCUUCAUCCAGGUGCAGUAGCGUGUUCUGCAGACUCGGGGCUCUGUACAGUGCAUCUGAUUGGCUCGUUUAGUGCCACCUGUGAUGAUGUCAUCAGCAGCCUCCCUGGUUUCCUGGACUCCUGAUUGGCUGUGAAUGUGUAAACUUUGUGUCUGGACUCGUUGACCGUGAAGUGAUCCGUUGGAUGUUCAUAUGUAGAUAAAGUUUAAAAAGUUGCACUAUUUUAUUACUUUUUAUAAAAUUCACACAACACGUUCUCCAAACGGGAUGAGAACAUUCGGAGAACCGACACGAGAACAGAGGG